GCUGAAGGGAGUCAUUGAGACCGACGGUUCCGAGAUAACGUUCUAUCUUGUUUUCCUAUACUUCAAUGACCUCCCUUCUUCGAGAUCUUGCGUUGGGCAGCAUCUCUUGCCUCUCCUGACGCCAUAGCUCACCCCAACAGCAAUGGCGCUAAUACGUUUGACUAGCGGCCUCUGGGCUGCACUUUUUGCUGUCAACGUUAUAGCUCAAGACACCGUUUCCUUCAACAUGUUUCCAGCAGUGAAAUCUGCAGGUCUUGCUACUCAACUAGGGUGGAGCGAAGAUUGUGUUAAAGCCAUGAACGCAACCUUGAAAUGUGACCCAGAUCUUUAUCGUAUGGCUGGUCAAAUCGACAAGUACUUCUGGUCCAUAGAUAACAUCACAACUCUGUGUACAGACGACUGCGUUGACGAUAGCAGUACGUGGGUUGAAAACGUUGGAGAUGCCUGUGUUGGCCAGACCUACAAUGUCGCCAGCAAGUUAGUCCCUGUGGACUCGGUAGCUGUUCGCUACGUCGAGGGGAUUACGAUGGCAUGUCUCAAGUCCGACACGUUACAAUUGAACUACACCGGCGACCCUACAGCCAACGAGGAUAGUCUUGUCGGUGACGAUUUUAACAACCCCAAUUCCACCACCCAGACCAAUUCUACCACCGGAGAAGCUAUAUUCGAUCCAAACGAUGCUGCGCCGUCUAGUAAUGGGACAGAUUCGCCUUCUGGCCCAGAUAAUAUUAGUGACCCAACCGUUACCCAGUCGGAAACUAUUUGGUGUUACUAUGAAUCUCAAAACUGGCUUGGAGCUGACGUUGAUUUAGACUGCGAUACUGAUCCAUCCAGUGUCUUCUGUACAGAUCCUGACUCUAUGAACAGAAUGGCCAAUUUAUAUUACGAUACCACUCUCUGUAGCCCAUGCUUUCUCACAGUACUGUGGCACCGCAUCAAUUCGCUGUUCCUCCCGGAUAACGACUACUCCGAUUACCUUAUCCAAGAAUAUCAAGACAUCCAAGAUGUCUGCCAAAUUGCCAUGCCGGAAAGCGUAGUCCGGGCUCUCCCGGGUUACGCAGCAGCCCCUAACGCUACGUUCCUUCCCCCGGGAACAGACCCGGCAAACAAUUCCAGCGCACCCAGCGCGGGCUCCGGCAACUGCACCACCCAACUUCUAUCCCCAGGUCUCUCUGGCUGCGACACCCUAUCGCAAAAAUACGGCGUAACAACCGGCGACCUCCAAACAGCCAGCAACUCCGACACCUGCACGAUCUCCAACAGCACCUGUCUCCCAAGCGCCUGCACGCUAAAACAAGUCAGCGAAGGCGACACCUGCGAUAGCCUCUCCAAGGCGCUAUCAACCAGCACCCUCAACGUAACCAUAACGCUCUUUCAAUCCUGGAACCCGAACAUAAUCGGUCUAUGCGACAGCCUCCUAACCGGCCAAUACAUCUGCUCUUCCCCCCCAGGCGGCGCAUUCACCCUGCCCGCCCCCAUAAACGGCACCAACACCGACGCCUCGUCGCAAAACCGCGGGGGCCAAGGCCCCGUCGGCGUCGUCCCCACGACGAACAGCACGGCCGCGGCGCCGACGCAAGCCGGGAUCGAUAAGCAGUGUACGAAGUUCGCGUACGCGAGUAGUGGGGACACGUGCUAUGGCUUCACGCAGACGUUUAAGAUUAGUAUGGCGAAUCUGACGACGUGGAAUCCCGUGCUGGGAUAUCCGGAUGGGGCGAAUUGCUCGACGCAGUUUUGGCUUGGGUACGAUUAUUGUGUUGGGGUUCCUGGCGGUAGUGGGGGUGGUAGUAGCAGCAGCAGUACUGCAUCUGCAUCUACGUCGUCGAAAACCCCGACGACCACGACAUCGCUGCCGUUUCCGACGCAGAGCGGGAUUAUUGCGACUUGUAACAAGUUUAAUGAUGCAGAGAAAGGGGAUUAUUGCAGCAAGUUUGCGACUGAUAAUGAUAUCACGACUCAGCAGUUGUAUGCGUGGAAUCCGGUCUUAGGCGCGAAUGGGGAGAAUUGCAAUACGCAGUUUCAGGCGGGUGUGGAUUAUUGUGUUGGUGUUUCUAGCACAGCGGCCGCUACGAUGUCGAAGUAGCGUGGUGAUAUAGCGGACUUAGGCGCUAAGUUCUGCUCCCUGUAAGAUCCAUUUAGAUGGCGGGGUAAAUGGGGAUUCAGGG